UCUCUCUCUCUCUCUCUCUCUCUCUGUGCUGUGAGUGGUUGGAGUGUAAUUGCAGUAGUGUGAGGUCAGCAGCAGUGUGUUUAUCAGAGUUUCCCUCAGAGCACACUGACAGGAGAAGAUGCACACAGUGAGCAGCCUGUUACACACACUCACACACCCCUCACACUCACACACACACACACACACACACACACACACACCGCUCACAUCCAGACGGGACUUGCUGCACACGUGCAACACACUCAGAGAACACAGUGUGGAGGAAUAUAACUGUCUACAGCUGCGGAGCUCAGUAACAGGGGGUUUGAUGGCAUACAGGCACUGAGACUCAUCCCUAAGGGCUUCACAUCCCUCUAUCUACCAGCUGCUGCUGGGCAUGGUGAUUUUAGACUCAUGUCUGACUGCUGCAGAGUAUCCUACUGUUUUGGUAAUGCUUUCCUGUGGUGCACUCUAAAAAACAGAGGAUCCCUAAAAAUCUCUGAAUCCCUGCCUGCGCUGACCGUACCUGUAAACGGGGACGUUACGAGCCAAGGCUGAAGUGCUGCUUGAGACGGUACAGAGUUUGUCGGAGUGUGUUUGGACCCCCAGAGUGUGUUUGGACCUCCCGGCGCCUGCAGCUGGCAGUUAUUGGACUUCCUGUCUCUCAGUAUGGUGCCCGUGGCCCCCUCCAGCAGUGCCUUAUGAUGCAGAGAUGGAUGGUGGAGAGGAAAAGGCCAGACCUGCUGCUGUUUGUACUCUGCCUGCGAGCGCUGCUGUGGAUUUGUGGGCUGGACGUGGCUCUAGCUGACCACGCAAACCUGUGCAACUGCUCCAGGCACGAGCACCACACCAGCAACUACGACUACAUGGAGGGGGGGGACGUGCGCACCCGCCGGCUCUUCAGCAGCACUCAGUGGUUCCUCAUCGUGGAUCAGCAUGGAAACAUCAGCGGCACGCGGGACCCCAACAACUGCUACAGUAUUCUGGAGAUUCGGUCAGUGUCAGAGGGAGGAGUUCUGGCCAUUAAAGGGGUGAAGAGUCAGUAUUAUAUUUGUAUGAGAAACAACGGGAUGCUGUAUGGAAUGAAAGAAUACACCAACAGCUGCGUCUUUAAGGAGGUGUUCUUAGAAAACUACUACACAGGAUAUUCGUCUAACACGUGGAAAAAAGACGGGAAGGAGAUAUUUAUCUCUCUGUCAAAGAAGGGCCAGCCCCUGAAGCCCAAGAAAGCACGCAGGGAGAACGGAGCCUCACACUUCAUCCCACGCAAGUGCACACAAGACGGCAAGACACUGGCCUGAUGCACGAGCACCGACGUUAUUCCACAAACCGUGCAAAGACUAUAAGCAGUUUCACAACAGACCACUGUCCCUUUUUCUGCUGUGUUAACGUCUCCGGACUGAGUGCAGGACAUGCCAUUUCCUGAUUCUGUGUUAUUUGGAGACUUACUGGACUUUGACUGAAGCUCUGAUCUGCAGGAAGUCGGACAAAAAUGGAAAAACAGCUACAAAAAAGUUCUAAAAACUUUAUUAAAUAAAGUUCUCUACUGGUCGACUGAUCAGUGACAGUUAAAGGGUCAGUAAAAAGCCAAAUGGGAUAUUGAGGACUCCUAAUAAAAAGGUGAAAUGUGAGCAUAAGCUGGAUUCUACUGUAUCCCACUAAACUGGGGACAAACGGACAUGAGAGCAACAGCAGGACGCCAUCGCUGCUUUAAAAUCAGCAGUAAAGUGGCCAUUAGUACUGUGACAGUGCCAGUGCCUGAGAUCUUCCAGAGCAGGAGAUGGCUUUAUAUGACAUUGCUGAGUAAGGCUAUAACCACAAAUAUUACCAUGAGGUCAGCAGUAUAAACAGUGGAAUCACAGCAACCCACAGCACAUUAAAGCUCUAUUCUCAGUUAUUUUUGUUGUGUGCUGGAGUCCUGAGAGCACGGACCACUUUACACUGUAACCGGAGUCUCUUCUCAUACUGAAAAUCAUCUUCAACUUGUUCUGGAGCACAGUGCUCUCGUUUAAAGGGCCCAUAUCCUUAAAAACUUACAUUUGCUUGUACUAAAUAGUAGAGUUUGAUAUAGUAAAUAAAACUGCCAAAAGAAGCUAAACGUAUAAUAUCAUAACCAUGAAUGAUAUUAUUAAUUAUAACCAUGAAUCAAUAUGACGAUAUUUCUGGGUAUAUUUUUUAUAAGAUUUUCUUGCCGAUAUUACAUUAUGAAUAUACUAAUGCAACAAACCAAAUAUUACCAUUUUAUUCCAUAUAAAUCAGAGUUUCAUACAUUCAGUAGAAACAAAAAAAAUCUAAAAACAUUUGUCUGUUUCACACACUGUACAAGAUAUGGUAUGAAUUAUUUCUCAAAUAACAUUAGUAAAUUUUACUUAAAUAAUUAGGAUAAUAUAAAAUAUUUAAAAUUCUUACUUAAAGGGGCACUAAACCCCCUUAUUUCAUCUGACUUUACCCUCAGCUCAAAUUUGAAAAAGGGUCAACACUGGGUGAUGUAUGGGUUUAGAGAUGGGGCAGGAGAGAAAGCCGAUUGGCUAAGCUGCAACAGCAUGAUGAUUGGACGUUAGCAGGGGGAGGUAUUAUUGAUAGACUGAUCUACAUAUUGUCAUGUGUCUGCAUACUAAAGUACCACGGACACAUCAUCCACGCCUAUAGCACAGCUAAACCUGAGAGGGCGCUGUAGAGGCAGAAAUUACCACAAUAAAAAGUAUUUUUUUUUAAGUUAGGAAAUGUUUACACAUUUCAGGUAUUAAUAGAAAAAAUAUGGUUUAGGAUUUAGUGGCUCUUUAAAUAAUGUAGCACCAUAUUAACCCAUACAUCUUCCCUAUUGGUUCCUGGCAUUAUUUAUUUGUAUAAUGGGUGUCCCUCAACACUAAUUUACCAUCAGUGUGCAGUCUUGUCCCCUCUUUGGUUUAUUGUUACAGUGGCUUGCAAAAGUGUUCAUACUCCCUAAACUUUUGCACAUAAAGUUGUUACUUUACAUUUGCAAAAUCAAAUAUGUUUAAAUGUGAUUUUCAUUGAUAGACUAACAACAAAGUAGCACAUAAAUGUGGCACAUACUGAAGUGGAGUGAAAAUGUUACAUGGUUUUUACAAUUUUAAUCAAAUAAAAAAAUCUGAAAUGUGUGAUGUGCAAAAGUAUUUACCCCCGAAAUCAAUACUUAGUAAAGCCACCUUUCACUUCCACUGCAAGCCUUUUACAGUGUGUCUCUACCAGCUUUGUGCAUCUAGAGACUGAGAUUUUUGCUCAUUCUUCUUUAUAAAACAGCUGAAGCUCAGCCAAGUUAGAUGGAGAGCUUCUGUUAACAGCAGUUUUCAUGUCUUGCCAGAGAAGUUCAAUGCGAUUUAAGACUGGAUCAUCAUUCUAACAAAUGAAUAUUCUUUAAUCUAAAUCAUUCAACUAUAGCUCUGGCUGUAUGUUUAGGGUCAUUGUCUUGCUGGAAGGUCAGUCUUCUUCCCAGUCACAAGUCUUCCAGGAUUACCCUGUAUUUAGCUCCAGCCAUCUUCCCAUCAACUCUGACCAACUUUCCCAUUCCCUGUUUUUUAAUUAUUAACUAAAUGGCCAAGGGAAGGUACAGUAACAUGACUAUAUACAGUUGGAAUGACUACACACUGAUGGUAAAUUAGUGCUGGUGGGUCACACUCAUUAUGCAAAUAAAUGUUGCCAGGAACCAGCAGUUAUAUUAUCUAUAAAUGAAGAGAUUGCAAUGCUAUUUAAAGUCAGCACAACUCAAUUAAAUUGAGUAAAUAAAACGGUUUUAAGUACAUUUAAAUAGUAGAUAUUAAAUAAACCAAUUAAAAAUAUAUAUUUAUAUAUUUGUUUUAUUACGUUUUCAGAGCAAUCGUGUUUCUCUCAAGUAAAAUCAAUAUCAAAUUUUACAGUGUAAAAAGUACAGUGUAAAAAGUAACCAAGAACGUAAUUUUGUAUGAAAUAAUAAAUACAUUAAUAGUGUAACAAAAAGGUAAAGGUAACAAUAUAAAUCUAAUAUAAAAAGUGCAAAAUACCCGUCACCUCUCCCAACAGCACUUUACUUUCACCCAAUGACAGCAAUUUAGUUCUGCCCAUCCUGCCAAUAGCAGUCUAGCUACACCUAUUCUUCAUAUUUCUGUUUAGCCCAAAUAUUCUUCCACGGUUUAGUCCCUUCCUUUUCCUCAAUUACAGUCUAACCCGACCCAUUCAUUCUACAACACUGGGCAGCCAAUCACAACAGGGGUACUAAACCACCUGAUUUUUGCUGACUCCACCCUCAGCUCAAAUUUGAAAAAUGCUAAGAAAAUAAAAUAAAAUAAAAUAAAUAUGUGACUAGUAGUUUGGGAGGGCACUGAGUGACCUAUGAUUUUAGAGUCAGGGCAGGAGGGAGAGCUGAUUGGCUGAGCUGCAGAGGUGGAAAUGUUUAUACAUUUUUUAAGCAGGACACUACUUUAGAGGAACACAUUUUAUCUACUUAUAAAAAAAAAAUUGGAUUAGGGUUUAGUGGCUCUUUAAAGUCACAGUUACUGUCAGUUAUUAAUCUUAAUAAAUACAAACAGAUAAAGGGAGAACAAAAUAUAAUCCUUUUGUAAUUAGUUAUGAAUGAGAAAAAGUUAUACAAACUCAAAAUGAAGAUAUGGGCCCUUAUAAUUCUCCAGGUCUUAUGUUUCUCUGUCAGCACCAUACAUUCUGUUCACACCCAUUUUUUUUCUGGUUAUUUACUGAAAGAUCAUCACCAUAUCCAUUACAAUACUCACUUUUCUGACCAUCUCACUGGACUCUCCACCACAUUUACAUUUCCUAGUGUGCCUUAAAGCUCUCCUGAUUGUAAAAUCUGUUUUUCAGUAUUGUUAUUUAUAAUAUUUGCGGACAAUCCAGAUGAGUGAGUGUAGUAUUAGACUAGUAGUUUAGGUUAAAGGUGAUAAUUUGGUGAUUAAAUAAAUGCACAUAUACAGACAUCCCAAGUUGCAAAAAAAUCAUUUCAGAGAGGUACCCCUGGACCUGGAAACCCAUAAAACUCCCCCCCCUACCCCCACACCCAUACACCCUGAGUGCACGUUUGUGUUCACUCUGUGUCCACUCGUUCUAGAUUCCAGGAGAUUUUAUCUGACUUGUGGGCAACAGGGAGCCGUUAUUGAUAUGCGGUAGACUACCGCAACUUCCGGGAGACUUGGGGCGUCUGGAUAUUUAACAGUUAAUAUAUAACACUAAAUAUAUAGAGUCUAGAUCACACCAGAUGUUAUGAUAAGUGUAAAAUGCGCAAAAUUGUAACAAAAAGAGCAGAGAAGUUGCACUCAAUUUGGUUUUAUGUGGCUAAUUGAUAAUUGGCUAAUUGCCAAUUUGCCAACGAUAAUGGAGGCAAAUGCUACAGAUUGCAUCAGCGAUUUAAAAUCUCUUUUUGAAACGCCACUUUGGCCUUUUGUUUCGAGUGUUUUGGUAGUUUUAAUGUCAAACUGAAAAAAUACUAACCAUAAUUUAUCUUUUUGGUAAGUUAGAAAUUAUAUUAAUAUAAUUUUUCACCAAACUAUCACUUUAAACAAAGUCCAAUACUCACCCACCAUCUGAAUAACUAAAAGCUUUAACCACUAGUCUGCAGACACAGUGUGAGGAGUGUGUGAGGGCUGAAGUUAAAGUGUGUGUGUUUUUUUGCUGCUAUCUGCGACGUCAUAAACCGUAAAUGGUGUUUUAUAUUUUAGAUAUUAAAAGCUAAAAACACAAAUAAAUACACAAAUAUUUCAUA